UUUUUAUCUCUGGAACAUUAUUAAGCACACACACUUUGCAUUGCUUAAAAAACUUAAUUUUCUAUAAUAAAUGAGACAUAUUUUAAUAUUGCCUAGAGUCAAUCUUUUAUUAUAUUAAAACAAGUCCACAUGUUUCUACAUUGGCUGCAUUUUUUUUCCUUAAAAAAAAAAAAACAUGGUUUUCCUUAUACUGCAUUUCAAAGAUUGCUCGAAAUUUUAGUAGUUUAUUUGUAAAAGAUACAAUAAGUGCCUAAUGUUCACGCUACCCCAUUCUUCAUUCCACCUCUUUUAUAUAAAAUCUACCAAGUUUAACAAUCCUCAUGUUUUCAGGCUAUAAUCUUUAAUUCUUUUUCCCCGUAAUGGGCUUUUAGGAGCCUUUAUACAACACCUUCGUUUCUACUUACUUCAUUAUGAGUUCUUUAUUGAUUAGCGGUACUGCGCUGUGAUUCGGAUGCCAUGUUCCCUUUCCACUGUAGUGCUGCUGACCGUUAUUCACACCUGCACAAGGAAUGCAUGGAGCUGCCAUACCUGUCCACUUAUGGGAAACAACAUGUCCUCUUCUGAAAAUUUAACGAAGCAGUGUAACCACCAGCCAGAUGCUGAUGCUUUGGACAAAAUCCACUAUAUUCUCAUUGGUAUCUGUGUUCUCACCAGUCUCACCGCACUUUUCUUUGGCAUCCUGUGGUUCAAAAAAUACAGGUCACGGAAGACUAAACCGCCCUUAAUACGGGUAAAGUCCAUCACCCUUCCUCUACAGGACCCCCCUCCGCCGUCUCCCACUUCCCCUCAAUCGGUGUUGGUGAUGGCACCCUCAGACAAUUUGGAAGAAUCGCGUCUAAAAGCGCAGAAAAGCACACACAGUGUUCGAUUACAGUGGAAACCAUUGCAACAGAACUCGCGUGUUGUGAGGACAGACCUGAACCUGAUGCAGCUGAUCAAAGCUGGAAGGGAAGGUGCUUUCUACAAAGCAAGGAUGUUGCGUGGAACCUGCAAAGGUCAUUCGCUUGUCACCUGCAAAAUCGCAAAAGAAGGAGUUACUGCAAAGCAAAUCGAGGCUGAAGUGUCUAUUAUGAGGAAACUGGUGUAUCAUAAGAAUGUGCUUCAGCUGCUGGACUGGAACACUGCUGAGGAGCCACUUGUGUUGAUCAUGGAGUUUGUGAGUUAUGGGACGCUGCGGAGCUUCGUGCAGACACAUCAUGAUAAACUGAGCGCUGACCCUCAGAUCCAGAGUCUGUUCACUAUCGCCUCCUAUCACAUCGCCCUCGCCAUGGAACACUUACGCUCCAAAAUGGUGGUACACUGUGACCUUGCUUUAAGAAAUAUCCUGGUGAGUCGUUUCCCUUGGGAAAUCAAAGUGGCCGAGUUUGGUCUGGCCAGGGACUUGACGCGUAUGAGAAGCAGACACAGCACCAGGAAAAAGCAGCACAGGGAACGCGUGCCCUUGCGCUGGUAUCCUCCUGAAUAUUUCCGAAAUAACUACUACAGCUUCAAGGGGGAUGUGUGGGCAUUUGGUAUCGUGUUAUGGGAAAUGCAGACGUUUGGCACUCUGCCCUAUCCCAAUCUGGAGACUUCAGAUCAAGUGGUGUAUCAUAUUUGUGCUGGAACCAGAAACGCAGGACCUGACAGCUGCCGUCCAGAGAUACUACAGAUAAUGAAAGACUGCUGGUUGGAGCCUUAUACUGCCAGACCCUCCUUCUCUGAUCUCGUCACAAUCCUGGAGAAUAUAAUUGAGAACGAUUCGGAUUAUGUGGAUGUUGUAGACUAAAAGACCUCUGAGCACAUCAGAAGACUAAAUAUACAUCAUCAUAAAUAAGUGUUGAGGAUCAGUGUCUUUCCCUGCUGCCUACAAACAGGAGUCACCUUUGUCUGGAUGUCAAGCUUUCACUCGUCACUGAACGACCUUGCCUCGCUGCUCAGCUGGACAGUUCGGAAACUUUUUGUUUAUGGCUGUUUUCACACUUGGUCCGCUUUAGCAUCCCACGUGGUCCCAGAUUGAUGGGGCCAUUUUUUUUGUGCCUACCGGCACACAACAAAUGAACUCAUGCGCUUAUAAAACAGCCCACAAGUGAACUGUACUCGAGCCACCUCUGGAGAUGGUCUUACUACAGUUCAUUUUGUGGGCCACUUGAUUCAUAUCUUCUGAAAACAGAGUAAUUCCAGUGUGCUUAACGUUUGCUUUGUGGUUGAUGAAUUGGAACCUUGCUGGCUAUAUUUAUCUGCAGAUUUCUCUCCUCUCACCGAUAGGACUCUAAGGACUGCCAGUGUGUGGUGGUUUGGCCCGUGUAAGUGGUGUUGGGUAGCAACAUGACUGAUGAGUUAAUAGGCUAAUACCUGUAUUGUGGAACUACAGUAACGGUGCCUGUAUUUAACUGGUGCAAUACAUUUCUUACAGUACCAUUGGACUGGUUCAGUAGGAUGAUCAAAUGUCAACCAGUCGUCUUAAGUACUUUUAUUAACGGUGUUGGUGGAUAAAAUUGAAACUGAAGAAAGUAAUGCUUUUAUAAUGAAGGGAGUAGUAGUAAUAAUAAUAGUAAUUAUAAUAACAAUAAUAAUAAUCGUGAAAAUGUGAAUAAUAGGUUAUUGUUUAUUACUGUUGUAUAUUGCUAACCUCUAAAAUAAUGUUUUAUUUAUAAUAAGAGAGUCUGGGGAAAUAAGAGGCACAAAUACAGUAGGUCUAUGGCAUGAAGGAAUAUUUGUUUUCUGAUGCUUCUGCAACUAAAUUGUCAUGCAUUUCCUCCAUCGCUUUAGUUCCUUCAGAUGCUUCUGGUAUUUAACUGCAAUUCUGCUCCUGAAUCAUUUUAAUUGAUUUAUUUAAUUGAUCACAGUUCUGUGUAAGACUUCUGAAUUCUGGAGAACAUUGUGGUGUGAACAAUCACUUACUCCGAGAGCUCUGAGAGUCUUUUUUUUUGGGUCCAUGGGUUUUGUGAGCACAAAAGGAACAGAGGAAAAUUGCAGAUAAUUUUCUUUUAAGUCCGCUUGGGCUCCUUUUCAGGUCAAAUUCUUUUUGCUCCAAGAAAAGAUUGGGCUGUAAAGGUACACAGUGAAUAUAAUUCAGACAUGAAAAGUUUUUUUGUUUCUGUUGUUAUUGUUUUGAAAUGUGCACAAGUUAUGACAUUUACUGAUGAAGAUUAAUUUAUGCAACUGUAUGUGAAAAUCUUAAGAUUGUCAUGUUUCAAACUAUAUGAAUAAAACUAUUACUUCAAUUACACAAA